AUGAUCUCCGCGGUGUCCAGCCCGUGGCUCACGCAGCUCUCGCACUUCUGCGACGUUGCAGCCUUCACGGCCAGCAGCCUGAGCGGCCUGGGGGCGGCGGGGGGCUUCCCGGGCGCCGCGUCGCCGGGCGCCGACCCGUACGGCCCGCGCGAGCCCCCGCCGCCGCGCUACGAGCCGUGCGCCGCCGCCGCCCCCGGCGCCCCGGGCCCGCCGCACGCCUACCCGUUCGCACCGGCCGCCGGGGCCGCCACCAGCGCCGCUGCCGAGCCUGAGGGCCCCGGGGCCAGCUGCGCGGCCGCCGCCAAGGCGCCGGUGAAGAAGAACGCGAAGGUGGCCAGCGUGAGCGUGCAGCUGGAGAUGAAGGCACUGUGGGACGAGUUCAACCAGCUGGGCACCGAGAUGAUCGUCACCAAGGCCGGCAGGCGCAUGUUCCCCACCUUCCAAGUGAAGCUCUUCGGCAUGGACCCCAUGGCCGACUACAUGCUCCUCAUGGACUUCGUGCCCGUGGACGACAAGCGCUACCGGUACGCCUUCCACAGCUCAUCCUGGCUGGUGGCCGGGAAGGCAGACCCCGCCACGCCUGGCCGCGUACACUACCACCCCGACUCACCGGCCAAGGGGGCACAGUGGAUGAAGCAAAUCGUCUCCUUCGACAAACUCAAGCUGACUAACAACCUGCUGGACGACAAUGGCCAUAUUAUUCUCAACUCCAUGCACAGAUACCAGCCACGCUUCCACGUGGUCUAUGUGGACCCACGCAAAGACAGCGAGAAAUACGCUGAGGAGAACUUCAAAACCUUUGUGUUUGAGGAGACACGCUUCACUGCGGUCACUGCCUACCAGAACCACCGGAUUACCCAGCUCAAGAUCGCCAGUAACCCUUUCGCCAAAGGUUUCCGAGACUGCGACCCCGAGGACUGGCCCCGGAACCAUCGGCCCGGCGCGCUGCCGCUCAUGAGCGCCUUUGCGCGCUCGCGGAACCCCGUGGCCUCCCCCACACAGCCCAACGGCGCGGAGAAAGACGCGGCCGAGGCCCGGCGAGAAUUCGAGCGCGACGCGGGCGGCCCGGCCGUGCUCGGGGACCCGGCGCACCCGCCGCAGCUGCUGGCGCGGGUGCUGAGCCCCGCGCUGCCCGGGUCCGGCGUCCCGCUGCCCGGCGCGCCCGGAGGUCGGCCCAGCACCCCGCACCCCGAGCUGCGCCUGGAGGCGCCCGGCGCGUCGGAGCCGCUGCACCACCACCCCUACAAGUACCCGGCCACUGCCUAUGACCACUACCUCGGGGCCAAGAGCCGGCCAGCGCCGUACCCGCUGCCGGGCCUGCGUGGCCACGGCUUCCACGCGCACGCGCACCCGCACGCGCACCCGCACCACCACCCCGCCGUGAGCCCCGCAGCCGCCGCGGCCGCGGCCGCCGCGGCCGCCGCCGCCAGCAUGUACUCAUCGGCCGGGGCCGCGCCGCCCGGCUCUUACGACUACUGCCCCAGAUAA